AUGCAAAAUUUGUUGUUGAUAAUUGCUUCAUUUCUGUUAUGUAGUAUUUCUAAGGUGCAGAAUGACUCUGGCAUAGAGGAUAAAGAAAUUUCCGAGAAACAAUCAGAUAUCGAUUUGGAUGCAGCUAUAAAGAGGUUUUCCAAAGCCAUCACUUUCGAAACGGUGUCGAUAAAACCGGGAGAAGCGAAUGUGCCUGAAUUGCUCAAAUUUAGAAAAUAUUUGGAAUCAGCGUAUCCAUUGAUGCACUCGACACCUUGGAUAGAGAGACAGAUAGUGGGUAACCUGAGCUUAGUAUACACCAUAAUGCCAUUAAUAGAGGAUGAUGAUAAAUUUACCAACAAACCAUGGAUAUUACAAGCCCACCUGGAUGUCGUUCUUCCCACUGACCCUCAUAAAUGGGAUGCCAAUCCGUUUGGUGGACAAAUUAUAUACAAGCCCAAAAAUCUUCACAAGAUACUUUAUGACCCUAAGACUAACAAGAGUUCCAAGAAAUUUUCGGUAGAUGAUAUAGAUAAUAAGGAUUAUUAUUUAUACGGGAGGGGAACCAUUGAUUCGAAACACAUCAUAAUGUCAAUUAUGGAGGCUAUCGAACAUAUGAUACGCCAAGGGCUGAGACCUAACACCAAAAAGCUAAUCUUGAGCUUUGGACAUGACGAGGAAGUUGGAGGAAUGAAUGGAGCUAGAAAAAUAGUCUCACUACUAGGGAACACAUAUUCAUUCCCACCAAAAGGAGGAAAACCUAUAGACUUUUUACUUGACGAAGGACUUACCGUUGUAAAAGAUGUACUUCCUCGGAAUACAAAAUUAGCUCCCGUGUGCGUGUCAGAAAAGUAUGUAAUGAAUGUCAAUAUAAGCGUGGAAUCAAUAGGAGGCCACUCCAGCCUUUCCGGGAAAGAAAACGCCAUAUCGAUAUUAUCGGGUGCUGUGACUAAAAUUCAAACGAAAGAAUUCCCGUCUUUUCUUGACGCAUAG